AUGGACAUUGUGCCUGAUAGAAGACAGCUACAAAGCAUGUCCCAGCAUGACAAAGAGUCCUUCAAGGAAUAUGCUCAGAGAUGGAGGGAACUGACUUCUCAAGUUGAACCACCUUUUGCCGAAAAGGAACUUGCUGAACUAUUCAUCGACAUUGUCCAACCUCAAUUCUAUGAGAAGAUGGUUGGAAGCGCUUCUUUGGGUUUCUCCGAGCUUGUCGCUAUAGGAGUUCGCGUUGAAUAUGGCUUAAGAAAUGGUAAACUUGUAGUCGUGGUCGGGACUUCAAGUGCUAAUCCGAAGAAGUUCUUUGGAGGGUUUCCCAAAAAUAAAGAAGGUGAAACUAAUGAUGUGUCUAUUGGCCAAGGAAGAUCCCCUCCAAGAAUAAGACAACAACAAUAUUCACAACAGCAGUAUGUUCAACAACCUUUUCAAUAUCACCAACCUAUAUAUCACGUUCAGUACGCCUCGCAACCGUACGUAGCUGUUGUGACGCCCACCUUUAAUCAACAACCUGCUCAAGCUUAUCAACCACCUCCAUUUUAUCAACACACUCUUGUUCCCCCGGUUUAUCAGCAAGCACCAACGACUCCUGCAUAUCAACAAUCGAGAGCUCAAGCUCUGAGGCAAAAUGCUCAAAAUCAAAAUAGGAGACAGGGAGAUAGGGUAACCUUCAAACCAAUUCCAAUGUCAUAUACUAAGCUUUAUCCCUCUCUAUUGCAAAAGGGUUUGGUGGUUCCUAGACCUAUGGGACCUCCACCUGAUUGUCUGCCUCCAUGGUACAACCCUAAUGCACAUUGUCCUUUUCAUGAGGGUGCCCCCGGGCAUGACCUAGAGGGUUGCUAUGCUUUGAAGCAUAGGGUUCGUGAGCUUAUUGAUAGCAAGAUUCUAUCUUUUAGGGAUAUGGGACCAAACGUGAAGAAUAACUCUUUUCCUCCCCAUGGAGACCCUACAGUGAAUGCAAUUGAAGAUACCUCUGAUGGUGUUGUGGUUGAGAAGGUUGAUGAUGUUAGAACUCCUUUGGCAGCAUUCCAUUCCCAAUUGGUGGAAGUUGGCCUGAUUAAUGUUAGUCAUGACAGUUGUGAAGAGUGUGCCAUACAUCCAAGGGGAUGUCAGGUAGUACGUGAUAAUAUUCAAGACUUGAUGAACAAAGGAAUGCUUCAAAUCUCCAGUGUUGCAAAAAAUGAAGAUGUGUUAGUAAUUGAACCUUGUUUCAAUUUACCUGAACUGGUUGAAACCUCUUACUAUAGUAGUAGAGUGGUGCCUACGAAUAGUCAUUCGUCACCUGUUGAGAUCUAUAUGCCUAUGUCGUUUCCAUAUGAAAGCACCAAGGUUGUGCCUUGGAAAUAUGAGGUUACCGCUGUGGAUAAGAUCGUUGAAGGAAAUGCAGACGGUGAAGUGACAGAAGCUGUGAAUGAGGACGUCACCAUUAUUGCAGGAAUGAAAAGAAUGACCCGUAGUGGUCGAAUCUAUACACCUGAAUUCAAUGUGACUCCUCAAGCGACAGCCAAGGAAUCUACAGUUAUAGCUCCUGCUAAAGAACCCGAAGUGGUCCAAUCUGAAGAUGCUGUUGAAUUCUUGAAGUUGAUCAAGAGAAGUGAUUACAAUGUUGUGGAUCAGCUGCAUCAGACACCACCUAAGAUUUUUAUUUUGUCUCUGCUAUUGAACUCCCAAGCCCAUAGGGAGGAUUUGUUGAAGGUGCUCGCCCAAGCUCAUGUAACACAAAGCAUAAUAGUAGACCAGUUUGAUGGGGUAGUUGCGAACAUCACAACUUGCAAUACUUUAAGCUUUAGUGGAGAAGAAUUACCUGAAGAUGGACAAAAUCACAAUCGUGCUCUCCAUAUCUCAGUGAAGUGCAAAGAUGAUGCUUUGGAAAGAGUUUUGGUUGAUAUCAUAUCUUCUUUAAAUAUGAUGCCAAAGAGAACACUCGCCAAGUUAUCUUAUCAAGGACCAGCCAUGAAGCCCAGUGCCUUGAUAGUAAAAGCUUUUAAUGGUUCCCGGAGAACCGUGAUUGGAGAGGUAGAACUGCCCAUAUUUAUUGGCCCUCACAUAUUCCUGAUUACUUUCCAAAUCAUGGAUAUUAAUCUGGCGUAUAGCUUCUUAUUGGGGCGUCCCUGGAUUCAUGCUGCAAAGGCAGUUACCUCUACUUUACACCAAAAAAUGUAG